UGAAUGGCAGCAGGUUGUGGGUGUGAGAGUGCCUCAAACCCACUUUGUUGGUUUCUUGGUUUCAAUCUUUCCGUCGGUGCCAGGCGACAUGGUUGGCCAUAGAUCUCUGCUUGAUCUUUUGAAUUGUAAAACUUUAAAAUGUUCUUCCUACGCGAGCCACUUAUAUGUUUUCAUCCUUGGUCUGAUCCUUGCUUACGCCAUUACAUUCUCCUAUCAUGUUCAAGCAUAUUCAGUGAAUUGCAAGACAAUGAACCUUUCUUCCAAAUAUGAGCACUGUGGGAUUCACCCAGAUGGAGUCCGUGAUUUAGAUUGUUUUGGUAAACAUAAUUUACGUGGUAAACAAAACUGUGUGUGGAAACCUGGAAACCACGCAUCAAAAAAGACAUACACACUCAUCAUACAGCAGCUGACCAAAAAAUAUUGCAAAGUUCGGGGUAACAUCACAGAAACCUCUGAAAAGAUCCCCAGUUAUGAGAACGAGAACAUGACUGUGGAGGUUUUUGAAAACAGCGAGUCAACAAAUUGCACAAAAGCAGUUUUCAGAGGUUACACAUUGCGAUGUGGUCCUCCAAAUAAUGUGUUCUUCAGCCGCCACUCUGGAAGACUAACGGUGAAUGUGAAAUGGCCACAGGAGGACAUUAAAGUCAUCAAGAAUUACUCUGUGAGAUAUAAAGCACUGGGCAGCCUGUCGUGGAGCAAGCCACCUGUGCAAUCCCAAAAUGGAGAGAACUGUACAGUGGAGAAUCUAAACUCCUCACUGGUCUACAUUGUACAGAUACAGUGCGUCACUAAUAAAAAAUGUACACAGUGUGUAUGGAGUGAACCCUACACCGUCCAAUCAGAACUGACAACGCAGCCUGUCAUUGUCAACCUUCAUGAUACUGAUAUUGCAGAGAAUAAAGGCUGCCGGCUGCUUUCUUUAACCUGGAAGUUUCCUACCAAAGAACUGCAUAUUGGCUACUACCUGACCAUUAGGAAGGCAUCAGGAGAGGGCCCAUGUGAGCGGAAGAAGACCACCCAGCCUGAAAUCAGACUGAUUCUCUCCUAUUCAGCUUAUCAUCUCAACAUCAGUGCUGUGAACAACGCUAGCACCUCCCCAGCUGUGAGCAGGAUAAUACCACGACGAGAAGACGAGCCCAGUAUGGGAGCUGGGAAGCUGAACGUGACAGUUCACAGCAAUUCAUCUUUUACUAUAUACUGGGAAGCCAAUCUCAUCAGAACCUAUGUCUGCUAUUCUGUGGAGUGGAUGAAGAAGGAACAUAAAGCAGUGUACAUGUCUUUUCAUGAGGAUAAAAACAACUAUAGGACGUUUUCUCCUUUACCAGAGCCUUUGGAGCCUUAUAAGAGAUACAGCAUCACCCUGCACACACGACCAAACAAGGACACCUGCAACAUGAAGCACAUCAACAACAGUGAGAGCACCUAUGGCAGUACACAGUUCUACUUCAUUGAAGGAUCUCCCAUCAGCGCUCCCACAAACAUCAGCAGCCACAACGUGACUCUGAACUCAGUGGUGCUGCAGUGGUCGUCCAUCCCAGAGGAAGACACCAGAGGUUUCCUACUGGGUUACAUAAUCCACUACACUGAGUACCACAACUGGGGGACGGAGAGAAAUAUUACAGUGGAUCCAGCGUUUGACAGAUAUGAACUGGGGGAUCUCGAAAGUGGCAUGGUAUACGAAGUCCAGAUAUCAGGAUUCACACAGGCAGGAGCAGGAGUACGAAGCACAGCGUGCCUUCUCAAAACGAACAAUGAAGGAUAUUCUAAUCUCAUGGGUCUCAUCAUAAUCUUUGCUGUUGGGGCCAUUGUGCUGAUAUUUGGAUCUCCAAUAAUUAAAAGAGCAAAAGUCAUUCUGUGGCCGAGCAUACCUAACCCUGGGAACAGCAAUGCGAUGCAGAAAAUAGAACGGCCCUGUGAACUGGAACUGCUGGAGUCCAUGAAGGUGGAAGAAUGGGAUACAAACAGUCUUCAAAUACUUGAGAAAGAAGAAGUGAUCCCUGCUAGCACAUUAGCUUCACUACCACUUCUCUGUGCCACAGAGGAUGAGGAAGACUCAUCAGAAAUCAUUUGUAACUGGUUCCAUAGAGACGCAGAGGUUUCAAGUGGAGACAUCCUACCUGACAUUACUGCAGAGACUUCCUCUGGCAUCCAGCGGACAGACCUCCAGAUCUCUCCUCUUGCCUUUACGUGUGGAUAUACAACAAUGGAAAUGUUUCAGCAGGGAAUGCUACCGAAUACACCAACAGUUACUCAAGCCAUGGAAAGCAAAGCAGGGGACAUGGACUUGACCGUGGUGAAAUCACGAUUGGACUAUAUAAGGCAAUUUAGCACCAGUCCCGUCUUGGACAACAAUGAGGAUAUAUCCAUGAAUUUGUGAAUACAUUUUAGACCGGCACAAGCAGAGCACGAAGAGCCAGGAACGCAGGGCAAUCCUUGGGCUCCAGAGGUGCACUGUGAGGAGCCACCGUACUGUUGUUGCAGGUCAUCCGCAUGAAUUUAUUAAGUCUUAAAUAAUCAGCACAACUACAAGUGCAGUCCAGCAGUGCUUCUCUUCUGGUUGCCAGCUGGUGCAGAGCAAACCAAAGUAAACCAAACAACAAAAGGAUUCCAGCGCACACCAGGAUACCAGGAUUGACGCUGUUUUAUUAGAUUAAAAACAAAAGACAGAGAAGCAAAGAAGGCCUCUCGCAUGUUGCUUCAUCAGAUUGACUCAAUUGCCGUCAGGUGUGGGAAACUUGAUGGCAAUUAAGCCUUUAAAACUUUGUUUAUUUCAUGUAAUAAAACAGUGUCAAUCCUAGUAUCCUGGUGUGUGCUGGAAUGUCUUUGUUGUGCAGUAUUCAGCUGCAAAAAUUACUGUAGAGAUAGAAACUUAUAAAUAUAAAGUAUUUAAAGACAGACAUUUAUCAUUUAAAGUCCCUCCUCCUACCUCUAUACAAUAUCUACCUGUAUAUCUGCACUACUUAAACAAUCUCUUCUCUCCAUGCACGUUAUCUCUGCUCCUGUACAAACUGCAUAUGUACAUUACUUGAUAUACUUCUAUGAACAUACAGUAUCUCAUUUCCAUCUGUAAAUCUGAAUACCUCAUGAUGAAAACAUGACUGACUGCUCACAACACGCUCACAACACAAUGCUAUCAUGAUGAUGUCUAGCAGGUAUAAUGUUUAUCAUGUUAACCAUCUUGCUAGCAUUAGAAGUCAGAAUAGAAGUCAUGUUGAGGAGGACAUGCUUUUCUGUGACAAACAGGCCUUUUUCACAGCGGACAAUUUGACAUCUCAACAUUAACGAUGGCGCCAUAAAGCAGCUUAAUGGAACUUCAGCCAUUGCAGCAUUUUUUUCUUUUCCUACUGUGACAUGUCCAAAUGCCUGCUAUUAAAAAGGCCUAUCCAUCCAAUAGAUGUGGAGUCAGGGGAUCGCCAAAGUACGAUUCAUCCUCUGGGGAUCAUGAAUAUCAACAAAGAUUCAUGGCAAUCCAUCCAGUUAAUGUUGACCAACCAAAGAGACCAACACUGCCAUCCCUAGAGCCACAUCACAUAAAACUACUAACACUUUUUUAGCCUAAAAAAGUAUGGAUGGAGGUUCAGAGGCAGUCAUGUCGAUAGAAAGUGUCCUUGACCCAGAUCAGGGGUUCAAGACACACAGAAGUCCACAGUGAAGCACUUAUUGGACAAGUUUCAAAUGCAUUAACACCCAAACCAAGAAAACAAAGGCUGAUGGUAUAACAAGGGCGAUAAAACAAAAUAACUGAAUGAAAAGUCUCUUUAUUGAGUGUUUUUGGAAACAGAUCAGAUGUAUUGUUAGAUUCAAAUUGAGGAGGAUCACAUACAUACAUCCAAGCUCUUCAAAAACAGCGUUAUCAAACCUUUACAUCAAGUCCCAAACACAGACAUCUAGUGCCGAUCCCCCAGGAGCAAACCGUCAGCCGGUUCUACAGUAUAUACCGAGCAUAGCGCAUAUAAAAAAUAAAAUUCUUUACAUACUGUCAGUUUUGUUGGAAAUGCUUUUUUUUUUACUAAACUUUAUCACGAGUUCACCACUUCAAACUGAAGCUUUGUGUACGUAAAAAAGCAGGAAAAGAAAAGAAAAAAAUACAAUCAAAUUAGGUUUGUAAAAGCCAUACAAGUGGAAUUUGGCGAGGACAGUCAUAAAGUCUUUACGUCUCCUUUUAAAAGUAAAGCUUUUAAAAUGUAGUAAGCUUUCUCAGAAACUUAAAAAAAACACUGAUCUCAAUCUGGGGCCAGUUUGCACAAAAACCUCUUUCAUUUUUUGACACAAUCACAAUAACGCAAACGGCAACACCAAAAAUAACAGAACGUUAAAAUAAAAAAAAAAGCAAACACAAAAAGUCCCAUCAAUGUUCACUCUAUUCUGCUAUUAAUUACUAAAGACAACAGACAAUACUUUAAUAUAACAUCUCAUUAGUUUUACCUAUUAAACAUCAUGAACAAUAAAUUCAGGUUGCAUCUGUCAAUAAGUCUCCAUUUUUUAUUAGAAUAUUCUGUACAAUCUUAGUCUAGGCACUUUUUGACCCUUCUGUGCUUGCAGUUCGUUGACCUUUGACAUAUAUUGUUCAGCCUCAUAUAGACAGCCGCUGCAAGCUUCUGUUUGCGUCUCGCUUUCUUGAGCAAUAUGAGCCGACAGACAUUUUGCAAACCACCGUCAUUUUACAGUAUAGGCCUGUGUUGUAUCUAUAAAACAGUAAAUUGUUUUUAUCUCACAGCAUUACAACAAUAACAGGUAAAAGAACAUGAUACAUUGUGAUCUUGUUGCGACUACUUGUGAUCAGAAAUGUAAAAAAAGAAA